GCCUGGGGAGGUCAGAGAAGGCUAGCUUUGGUACGGACUCGGUGGUACUACAUUGAAAAACACGAUGAAAAUGGCGUGGCAACCGCAGGAGGAAGGACUUAGACAAAUUUUGACGCUACUUCAAGAGUCUCAAAGCCCAGACACAGCAACUCAAAGAGCUGUUCAACAAAAAUUGGAAGAGUUGAAUAAAUUUCCAGAUUUCAACAAUUAUCUUAUAUUUGUCCUAACCAAACUUACAAGUGAAGAAGUAUCAACAAGAUCACUAAGUGGAUUAAUAUUAAAAAAUAAUGUGAGAGCACAUUAUCAUAAAUUUGUUCCUGAAGUUACAAAUUUUAUAAAACAAGAAUGUCUAUCAGCAGUUGGAGAUCCAUCUUCAAUGAUACGGGCGACAGUUGGAAUAUUAAUAACAACAAUAGCAUCAAAAGGUGAAUUAACAACAUGGCCAGAAUUAUUGCCGGCAUUAUGUCAAAUGUUAGAUUCCGAGGAUUAUAAUGUAUGUGAAGGUGCAUUUGGUGCAUUACAAAAAAUAUGUGAAGAUUCAGCUGAAUUAUUAGAUUCAGAUGCACUUAAUAGACCAUUAAAUGUAUUAAUACCAAAAUUUUUACAAUUUUUUAAACAUACAAGUCCAAAAAUAAGAUCACAUGCAAUAGCAUGUGUUAAUCAAUUUAUAAUAAGUCGUACACAAGCAUUAAUGUUACAUAUAGAUAGUUUUCUUGAAAAUCUAUUUCAUUUAGCAACUGAUGAAGAAUCAGAAGUACGUAAAAAUGUAUGUCGUGCAUUAGUUAUGUUAUUGGAAGUACGUAUGGAUCGUUUAAUUCCACAUAUGCAUAAUAUUAUUGAAUAUAUGUUAUUACGUACACAAGAUCCAAAUGUUGAUGUUGCAUUAGAAGCAUGUGAAUUUUGGUUAUCAUUGGCUGAACAAGAAAUAUGUAAUGAAGCAUUAGGACCACAUUUACCAAGACUUGUACCAAUACUAGUUGGUGGAAUGAAAUAUUCAGAAAUUGAUAUAAUAUUAUUAAAAGGUGAUGUUGAAGAAGAUGAAAUGAUACCAGAUAGAGAGGAGGAUAUUAGACCACGUUUUCAUAAAUCAAAAACUCAUCAUACAUUACAUCCAACAAUGAAUAAACAUUCAGAUGAAAAUGGUGGUACAAUUGAUGAUGAUACUGAUACUGAAGAUUGUAGUGAUGAUGAUUCAUCACUUAGUGAUUGGAAUUUACGUAAAUGUUCAGCUGCAGCACUUGAUAUGCUUGCUGGUGUAUUUAGAGAAGAUUUAUUACCUGUUUUAGUACCAAUAUUAAAAGAAACAUUAUUUCAUCAAGAUUGGGAAAUUAAAGAAUCUGGUAUACUUGCACUUGGUGCUAUUGCUGAAGGUUGUAUGGAUGGUAUGAUACAACAUUUAUCUGAAUUAAUACCAUAUUUAAUUGGUUGUUUAAGUGAUAAAAAAGCAUUAGUACGUGCAAUAACAUGUUGGACAUUAAGUAGAUAUUCACAUUGGGUAUGUGCACAACCACAUGAUACAUAUUUAAAGCCAUUAAUGACUGAAUUAUUAAAACGUGUAUUAGAUGGUAAUAAACGUGUACAAGAAGCAGCAUGUUCAGCAUUUGCAACACUUGAAGAAGAAGCAUGUACUGAGCUUGUACCAUAUCUUGGUUUUAUACUUGAAACAUUAGUAUUUGCAUUUGGUAAAUAUCAACAUAAAAAUUUAUUAAUACUUUAUGAUGCUAUUGGUACAUUAGCUGAAUCAGUUGGACAUCAUUUAAAUAAACCAGAUUAUAUUAAUUUAUUAAUGCCACCAUUAAUUAAUAAAUGGAAUAUACUUAAAGAUGAAGAUAAAGAUUUAUUUCCAUUACUUGAAUGUUUAUCAUCAGUUGCAACAGCAUUACAAUCUGGUUUUUUACCAUAUUGCGAACCAGUUUAUAGACGUUGUGUAUCACUUGUUGAACAAACACUAAAUCAACAUAUUGCUAAUACACAAAGUCCAGAACAAUUUGAAGCACCAGAUAAAGAUUUUAUGAUUGUUGCAUUAGAUUUAUUGAGUGGUUUAGCUGAAGGUUUAGAUGGUCAUAUUGAAAGAUUGGUUAUGAAUAGUAAUGUUAUGCAAUUACUAUAUCAAUGUAUGCAAGAUCCAAUGCCUGAAGUUAGACAAAGUAGUUUUGCAUUACUUGGUGAUUUGACAAAGGCAUGUUUUCAACAUGUACUUCCAUGCAUACCUGACUUUAUGCCAAUAUUAGGACAAAAUUUAAAUCCUUCCUUUAUAUCUGUAUGCAACAAUGCUUCUUGGGCUAUUGGAGAAAUAUCAAUUAAAUUAGUUUUACUUAUCAAUAGGUGUGUAUCACUGAGAAAUAUUCGUGAUAACGAGGAAAAAGAUUCUGCUUUUAGAGGUAUGUGCCAGAUGAUUACAGUUAAUCCAGCUGGUGUUGUACCAGAUUUUAUAUUCUUUUGUGACGCUGUUGCAUCUUGGGUUGCACCAAGAGAAGAUCUUAAAGAAAUGUUUCAAAAAAUUUUACAUGGUUUCAAAAAUCAAGUUGGUGCUGAAAAUUGGAAAAGAUUUUCUGAUCAAUUUCCAUCUCAACUUGGCGAAAGACUCCACAACAUGUACGGCGUUUGAACGACCCCGCCUAAUUAUUACGGCCAUUUAAUGGGGACGGCCGAUUGGGGACGGGCGGGGAUUAUAAAACUUAGAUUGACAGGGUGGGUGGGUGAAACCACGGCCUCUUCUCAUCACAAAAUCCAGCGUAAUUAUCAUUCGUCGAUGAUUAAUCUUUCAUUAUCACCGACAAAGAAGUGUGUCCAACCUAGGGGAAAAUAUAUUUAUUUAAAUUUUGGACAUGAAAAUUUGUAUUAUGGCUUUUGAAGAAAGCAACAACACAAUGAUACAUUUAGAUGAGAAUGUUUUAACUAACAUUAUUGAGUCGUGACUACAUAAAUAAAUAAUUUAAAAAAAUUUGAAUAAUUAAAUAAAUUUUGACCAGAUUGUAGGGGGGUAAAUAAGUAGGCGGGUUUGAUAGUACAAUCAUAAUCUUUCAAUUUGUAAACAGUUGAAAAAAAAAAGUAAAUUAAAAAGGGGGAAAUUUAAAAAAAAUAUGACAAAUUAAACAUUGUAAUAAUGAAAAAGAAAAAGAAAAAAAAAUAACAUUACAAUAAUUAAUAAAAAAAACCAUACACAAUAUAUUUUGUUUUAAAAAAAAAAAUAAUGAAAAAAAAAAAAAAUUUUACAACAUUUAAAUUGUUGUUUAAACUUAAAUUCCGAUAAGUCAAAAAAAAAAAAUAAACUUUAAUAAUAACAAAAAACUAAGAAAAGUAAUGGUGUAAUUUGUAGCUAUACAAUAAACACUGAGCGAUAUGAGUAAAUCUGUUUUUUUUUUUUCUUUUUUUUUUUUUUAAAUUUUAUUCUACAAGAUAAGCAUAGAUGUCACGUUAUAGAACUCAACGUGCACUGUGAAUAUAUUUUUCUUCCUAUGACAUCAUAAAUAAAAAAAAAAAAAAAACAUUUCUUUAUACUUUUUUUUCAGUAAUUUAUUUUUAAUAAUUGCUUUUCACUCCUGUUAAUUUUUUAUUAAGUCUUGAUAUAAAAUUUGACGAAAAAAAAAUUAAAUUUAGGAUCUAAUUAUUCAAACUUUUUACUUAUAUGAAAAAACAUAAAAAGAAAACGGAUAUUUAUUCCGUACUAUUUUUUAUGAUCUAAUGAACGUCCAAUGAAUUGUCAUUUCGUUCAAAUAAAUUCAAAUUUAACAUAUUGUGAUAUUAGGCUAUUUUUUUUUUUAUUUUUUUUUUUUGUUUUGAUAGUUUUCUUUUCUUCUUUCCAUUCCUGAGUGAAGAUGUGAAAUUAAACUCAAUUAAUUGUUCAUUGAUAAUAUUUAGCAUGUAAAAAUAUUAGCUUAAUAAUUUAAUUUUUUUUGUUUAUUCGUCUUAUUGUUGUUUAUAAUAAUAUAAAUAAUAAUGAUAAUAAUUUUUUUAUUUGUUAUCAAUAUUUUCAUGUAGUGCUCUAUUCACAGGGUUUUUGAAUCUAUGACGUGAAAUCUAUGGUACAAAAUAUUGGGUAUAUUUGUAAACUAAAGCUAAAAACUUUUUAAAUAUACGUGCAUAGAUUGUUGAUGUACGUGAUGCAAUAAUUUGCAUCUAUGUAAAAAAAAAAAAUAAUAAAAUAAUAAUGAUAUACAUGUGAUCAGAGAAUCCCAACUGAGUUUUAAAAUAUCAGUUCGACUGAUUGAAUUGAAUGAGGCUAAUGCCAUAGGUAAAAUAA